AUGAUUUUCUUCUUUUCACAGUCCCUCAAAGAAAUCGAAGGUUUAUCAGAGGCCAAAAUUGACCAAAUCUGUGAAGCAGCCGAGAAGAUAAUGGUUUCUCCCCUGACUAAGCAGUACGUUAAGAUUGUGGAGGAGUGUUUUCAAUACACCCGAGAAACACAAACAUCAACAGCAGAAGAUCAUCUUCACCAAGUCCUAGAUGCCUAUAGUCAUUUCAUGAAGAGAUGCUUCACUGUGGAUGAAAUGGCAGGUUAUAUGUUGCAGACAUUUAACAUCCCAAAAAAGAAUGUGAAGAAAGUCGUUGAGGAUUUGGUGAAGGGCAAGGUGGACCAGAUAUGUUUUGACUCCUACACAAAGGACUCUGAAAUUCUUUCACACUUUAGGAAUGAGAAGAAGAGUCUAUUCGCUACACAACAAGAUAUCAUGCAGAAGCAAAUUGAAGGAAUGGAUGUCAAGUUAGAUUUACUUGAUGGGUGGAUGAAAAGGAGUGUUAAAGUACUUACGCCAGCCAUAGCAGCAACUGUAACAAAGGAGCUUCUUGUUUCACGGAAGUAUUUGUUGGACCAAAUUCAACGACGGGGAGCGCUUCUAGAGAAACUCAAUCAAGCAUCAGGAAAUUCAGAGAAUCUGAUUGAGGAGACCAUAAAGAAGAGGUUUAAAGCAGUUGGUUCAGGCAUUACUCGCACAGUAACUAAGGAAGUAGAAAAUCUUUUGACUACUGUUUUCUCUGGUUUAACGGACAAGAUUAGUUCUACUAUCACUUCAGAGUUAUCUGGCGAACGCAUAACAAAUGAUAUAAAAGCUACUCUGGAGCCAGAACGCAGAGACCUAGCAGACCACAUUGAUGAAUGUAUCGUGAGAACGAUGUAUUAUAUCACAAGUUCUUUUGAGGAAAGUUUGAAAGAAGCUUAG